AAGCAAAGAAAAGAAAAAACGGUAAUAGUGUCUGUCCCCGUUGGUUUUCUCCAGUAGCUGAAUCGGCUCAAAUGAAAGAUGUGGAGUGUGUUCUUAGUUGGGUUGGUUGUUGGAGUGAUGGUAACUGUGAGUCUGGAAGUGACGGGAUUGUUGUUGGUGUUAAAUCGAUUGAAUCGAAGGAUCAAACGAGAAUCUCUUGCUGCCUCGAAUCCCACGUCCCAGCCUCCCCUCGAUUUCGCUUACAACAAGCAGGGGACUGUCUGGGUUCUUGAAUCAGAAAAAGCUCCAACACCCAAAGAGCAGAAGCGAAAAAAGGACUCGCCCUUGGAGGUUUCACCUACCCGAAAACAUGCUAAAAUCGUGGAAAACAACUUGGUUUUCAUACAUUCUGAUGCUUCCCGCACUACUAUUCCCCUUCAGGGCUGCAUCAUUGAGGCUGUUUCCGCUACCAAUUUACCCUCAAGAAAAUGGACCAAGAGAUUCCCAAUAAGAGUGGAAAGCAACACUUCAUCCAUCUACAAUGGAAGUAAAACCAUUUACCUUUAUCUGGAGACUUCUUGGGUGAAGGAAUCAUGGUGUCAAUCUCUUCGGCUUGCUUCAUUUGAGGAUAAAGAAAAGAUGAGAUGGUUUGCUAAGUUGAAUGAAGACUUCCGUGCUUACUUGGCAUCUUUAAAUGCGGGAUAUCCAUCUUUUAUGAAACCCUCCUUAGGUUUCAGUGCUGAGCCAAUGGACAAGGGAGGUAAAUUUUAUGGUUCUUCAUCAAAAGUUAGGUUAUUUUGGAGAAAACUUUCCAAAAAGGCCAAGCCUGGUAAGGAAAAUAAGGGAAUAUGGACAUCUCAAAUUGCCCGUGAAAAUAGAAAGAUUUGUGAGAAACAGCGUCCAUUCCAAGAUUCAGUGCCAAAAAAAGUACCAAAUAGUUCAACCGAUGAAAAUAUGACACUUCCAUUACCGCAAGGUUUUCCUCGUACAGUUAGUCAAAGUGCUUCUGUUGCUUCUGAUGCUGAUUCAGAAGUAGACAAGUUUAGUUUUGAUGAAGGGACGCUCUGCUGGAACUUGUUAAUUUCUCGAAUCUUUUUUGAUAUCAAAGGAAGUGCAGGGUUGAAAAGUUCUAUUCUAGCACGGAUUCAGAGAACAUUGUCCAAUAUGAGGACCCCUAGUUACAUUGGUGAAGUCAUCUGUACUGAUUUAGACAUUGGAAACCUCCCACCUUAUAUCCAUGCAAUGAGGCUUCUUCCUACAGACAUGAAUGAAGUAUGGGCAUUCGAAGUUGAUGCUGAAUAUUCUGGUGGAAUUCUGUUAGAUGUUGAGACCAGACUUGAAGUUAGUGACCAGGAUUUUCAAAAAGGCCUAGUGGUCUCGAAUUCAGAAUCAAAUUCUGCUGAGAAUAGCUCUUCAGACCUUCUUGAAGGCUUUGAGCAUUUUGGAAAGCAUUUGAAUCUUCCCGAAAAGGAUGAGGUCGACCCUAAAUUUGAUGGUCUAAAAGGCAGUCAUGCUACACCAACAACAAGUUAUGCAUCUCGAUGGAAGUCUGUUGUAAAUUCCGUAACCAAACAGGUUUCACAGGUGCCUUUGUCUUUAUCGAUAAGGGUUGCAUCCCUUCGAGGAACACUACGGUUAUAUAUAAAGCCACCACCUUCUGAUCAGUUAUGGUUUGGCUUCACGUCCAUGCCUGAUAUAGAGUUUGAUCUUGAGUCUUCUGUUGGGGAAUACAAGAUAACUAGUGAACAUAUUGCUUUAUUCUUGAUCAGUCGGUUUAAGGCGGCUAUACGGGAAACUAUGGUGCUUCCAAACUGUGAGAGUGCAUGCAUUCCUUUCAUGUUAGCAGAAAAAGAUGAUUGGGUCCCAAGGAAAGAUGCCCCAUUUAUAUGGCUAAAUCAAGAGGCAGCUACGGAUAAUAACAUUGAAGCAAAGGAAAAUUGCAGGAAAACCUCGAGCUCUCAUCCAGAGAGCAAGAAUCCAAAGCCAAAGGAGGAUUCCUCUCAGGAACCAGUCACCGAUUCUGAAGCCAUGCUGUCAUCAAGUUCGUCAGGAAAGAGUAGGUCUUUGCAAGAUUUAAGAACCCCCCUUCUUGCAACUGAUGAACCACAUGAAACACACCAGCAGAAUAGAGAGGAAACUUCAGAUUCUGUGUCGGUAUCUAGGUCUUUGACUGAGUCUGAAUGGAAGAGUGAUGUUGGCGACGACAAUGAUUCAAGGCCAAAGAAGACGGGGAGGAGGGCAAGGGUGAUGGAUUUAACGAAGAAAAUGGGAGAGAAACUUGAAGAGAAGAAGCGUCACAUUGAAGAAAGGGGUAGGCACAUUGUUGAGAAAAUGAGAGGACCUUGAGACCAAUCGAAACUUCAUGCCAUUCAUUCUUUGAUGCUGAAAAGGACUGUAAAUGUGAACAAAAAGACAGAGGGAAGAACUAAUAUAUAUCAAAGGAGUGUACUUAUGUUAUUAUAGGUGAGAUAAGCUGUAUGUGAUUAUUGCUUAGCUGAUUCAAUCACUUUUGUUCAUCAAAUGACAAAUAUUCUGAUUCCUUA